AUGCACAAAUUUCUUCAUCUCUUUUUUGUUGUUGUACCUCUUGGUAUCUCUUCUCAAACUGGUUUGUUUUUGCUACACAAAUCUGCCCAAUUUCCCUCCUUCGAGGGUUACUUCACAGAUAUGAAACGAUUACGAGAUGAUGUAUUUAGUAACUCUCAAAUUAAGCGACCUUUUGGUUCAUCUCGUGGAGAAUCAUAUGGGCAACCCCAAAUCCCUGGAGGAGGGGGAGGAGGAGGAGGAGGUGAAGCAGCAGGAGGGGUAGGUGGUGGAGGAGGUGCUAGUAGUGCCCAAAAACUCACUACAAAUGAUGCUUUGACAUAUCUAAAAGAGGUUAAGGACAUGUUUCAAGAUCAAAGAGAAAAAUACGACAUGUUUCUUGAUGUUAUGAAAGACUUUAAAGCUCAAAGAAUUGAUACUACUGGAGUCAUAGCAAGAGUGAAAGAAUUGUUUAAAGGGCAUAAUAAUCUUAUAUUUGGGUUCAACACUUUCUUGCCAAAAGGCUAUGAAAUUACAGUUAUUGAAGAUGAUGAAACUCCACCAAAAAGAACCAUAGAGUUUGAGGAAGCUAUAAGCUUUGUAAACAAAAUAAAGAAACGUUUCCAAAAUGAUGAUCAUGUUUACAAGUCGUUUCUAGACAUCUUGAAUAUGUAUAGAAAGGAACACAAGGGUAUCAAUGAAGUCUACCAUGAGGUUGCCACUCUUUUUGAUGAUCAUCCUGAUCUUCUUGAUGAAUUUACAAGAUUUCUACCUGAUGCUUCUGCUGCUGCAUCUGCACAUCAAGCUUCAUUUCUAAGGCAAUCUUACAACCGAUAUGAUGAAAGAAGCUCAGCUAUGGCUCCUCUAAGGCAUACACAAAUAGAUAAACAACGAGGGAGGAGAGAUAAGAUUAUUCCUCCACAUGGUGAGCGGGACCCAAGUGUUGAAGGUCAUGAAAUGGAAGAUGAUAAAACAAUGAUGAAACUUCACAAGGAGCAAAGAAAACGAUCUGAAAAAGAAAUCAGAGAUAGAAGAAAUCGUGAUCAAGAUUUUAAAGAGCCUGAUAUUGAUGCUAAUAGGGACAUGAAACAUCUUGAAAAAAGAAAAUCUGCACGAAAAGUUGAAGAUUUUGGAGUGAAUUCGGGUUUGGCUCCAUAUGAUGAUAAAGAUGCCCUUAAAAGUUUAUAUAGCCAAGAAUUUACUUUCUGUGAGAAAGUGAAGGAUAGAUUACGCAAUACAGAUGAUUAUCAAGCUUUCUUGAAGUGUCUACAUAUCUUUAGCACUGAAAUAAUUACAAGGAAAGAGUUACAAAGCUUGGUUUCAGAUUUACUCGGAAAGCAUCCAGAUCUUAUGGAAGGAUUCAGUGCAUUUUUGGAACGUUGUGAAAAUAUAGAUGGAUUCCUUGCGGGUGUGAUGGAUAAAAAAGCUUUAUGGAAUGAAGGGCAUGUUUCUAAAUCAAGUAGAAUAGAGGAGAAAGAGAGAGAACAUAGACGUGAAGCUGAUGCUGCAAAAGAGGACAUGUAUAAAGAGAAAUAUUGGGGAAAAUCUAUUCAAGAACUUGAUCUUUCUAAUUGUCAAAGAUGCACACCUAGUUACAGACUUCUCCCUGAUGAUUAUCCAAUACCUUCAGUAAGCCAAAGAUCAGAGCUUGGAUCUCAAGUACUUAAUGAUCUUUGGGUAUCUGUAACUUCUGGAAGUGAAGAUUAUUCCUUCAAACACAUGCGUAGAAACCAGUAUGAAGAAAGCCUCUUCAGAUGUGAGGACGAUAGGUUUGAGCUGGAUAUGUUAUUGGAAUCUGUGAGUUCAACAUCUAAACGUGCAGAAGAUUUGUUGAACAACAUCAACAACAAGUCAAUCACUACAGAGGGUCCCAUUCGUAUUGAAGAGCAUUUCACAGCUCUUGAUUUGAGGUGUAUUGAACGUUUAUAUGGUGAUCAUGGGCUUGAUGUGAUGGAUAUAUUGAGAAGAAAUCCAUCUCUUGCAUUACCUGUUAUAUUGACUCGAUUGAAACAAAAACAAGAAGAUUGGUCAAAGUGUAGGUCUGACUUUAACAAAGUGUGGGCUGAAAUAUAUGCAAAGAAUCAUUACAAAUCAUUAGAUCAUCGUAGCUUCUAUUUCAAGCAACAAGAUUCAAAGAAUCUCAGCACCAAAUCAUUGGUGGCUGAAAUCAAAGAAAUAAAGGAAAAAAGCCAGAAAGAUGAUGAUGUUGUAUUGAGUAUUGCUGCUGGAAGUCGCCACUACAUAGUUCCAAAUCUUGAAUAUGAAUUCAAAGACAAAGACAUUCACGAAGACUUAUUAAAACUUAUAAAAUAUUCAUGUGAAGAAAUCUGCACUUCAAAGGAACAAUUAAACAAAGUCUUAAGGCUAUGGACUACUUUCUUGGAGCCAAUUUUAGGUGUCCCUUUUCGCCCUCAAAACCCUAAUUCUGUUGAAGAUGCUGAAAUAUCAAGCCAUGGUGUUAGUGUUACUCCCAAAACUGAAAUUAAUAGAAAUCCAGAUGCUGAUUGUGAUAAUGGGGCUCAAACUACAUUACCUGAUCAAGAUUCAAACAAGAACAGUUUGGUCAAUGGAGAUGGUUUGACUUUGACCAAGGAAGAAGAAUUAAAGACCAUGGUGAAUGGAGAUAAAGUGUCAAAUUCUAAUGGAACCUGGGGUUUGGAUUCUGGUCCUGUAGAUUUAUCUGGGCGUGAAGCAAGUACUUCUAGACCUAAUAAUGUUAAUGAAGAUGCUCAUGAAUCCAAAUCUAAGAUUGACAAAAUUCCUUCAUUACAGCAUCGGGAUCUCAUAACAACUGCAAAGGGAGGAGGCUUGAAUGAAGCAGCUAAAAUUGAAAAAGAAGAGGGCGAAUUAUCUCCAAAUAAUGAUUUUGAUGAGGGCAAUUUCGUCACAUAUGGAGAUAACACUUCACACAGGGGUGGUGGUGGUGGGGAGGCUGAUGACGAGGACAGUGUGAAUGUCUCUGAGGGUGGCGGUGAUGUCUCCGGCAGUGAGUCAGCCGCUGAUGAUUGUUCACGGGAAGAUCAUGAAGAAGGUGAUGAUCUUGAUGGUGAUGGUGAUGGUAAGGCAGAGAGUGAAGGGGAGGCUGAGGGCGUGGCGGAGGAUGGUGGUGGUGGUGGUGAUUUGACGAUUUUGCCCCCGUCUGAGCAGUUUUUGUCAACUGCAAAGCCAUUGGCAAAACGUGUUGCAGCUCCUUUAUGUGAGAAUGGUGAAAUAAAAGAUUUGCAUGUCUUUUAUGGGAAUGAUAGCUUUUAUGUCCUCUUUAGGCUUCAUCAAGUUUUAUACGAAAGGCUUUCAUCAGCAAAAUUCAAUUCAACAUCUGCUGAAACAAAGUGGAGAAGCUCCAACAAGGACACUUCCUCUCCAGAUCUCUACUCAAGAUUUAUGAGUGCUUUAUACAACUUGCUUGAUGGGUCAGCUGAUAAUGCAAAAUUUGAAGACGAUUGUCGUGCAAUUUUAGGGAAUCAAUCUUAUGUGUUAUUCACUUUGGACAAAUUAAUUUAUAAACUUGUUAAACAGCUUCAAAGUGUUGCAGGUGAUGAAAUGGACAACAAACUUCUUCAAUUAUACGAAUAUGAAAAAUCAAGAAAACCAGAGAAAUUUAUUGACUCUGUUUACUAUGAAAACGCACAUGUGCUUCUUCAUGAUGAAAACAUCUACAGAUUUCAAUGUUUGACCGGUCCCACGUCUCGUUUGACUGUUCAAUUGAUGGAUGAUGGAAAUGAAAAGCCUGAAGUGGUUGCUGUUUCUGUGGAUCCUAAUUUUGCAUCUUAUCUUUAUAAAGAUUUUCUUUCUGUUGCUCCUACAAAAAAACAAUCUGGCAUCUUAAUGAACAGAAAUAAAAGAAGAUUUUCGGAUGUGGAUGAAUCUUCAAGCAUAACAGUUGCCAUGGAAGGUGCUGAUGUGGUGAAUGGAUUGGAGUAUAAGAUGUCUUGUAGCUCAUCAAAGAUAUCAUAUGUACUGGAUACAGAAGACUACUUUCGACCUCAGUCUCAGUUUGAUGCUCUAUCAAAUUCAAAUACAAGAAAUUUAGGUGAGAGCAAGUGGGAGGAGCCAUGUAUACAGGUGUUUGUGAAGAUUUUAUAUAUAAAAGAAAAGAAAAGAUGUUGGGUUGGGGUUGUGUAAAUAGGGGGGGUGUUUUGGUCAAUUUAAUGGUGUCAAAUCAAAUGUUGUGAAAGUUUAACGUUGUUUGUAACAGUAGAAGAAGAAUCGCAAAUAGAAGGAUAUUGUUGUUUGUUUUUUUAAGGUUGUUUGUUUGUUGUUAGUUGACGCCGUGAGUCUUGGAAGCUCUGCUCUUUCUUAGGUUGGGCUAUCUUAGAUUUGUACAGAACUUAGCUUAUUUUUACUACUACUACUACUUUUUAUCUAUUUUUUAACUGUUGGUGACACAAUUAUUAUUAGGGUGUAAGUUACUAAGUUGACAUAUUUUACUAGUCUUUCUUUUGUAUGAUUCAUUUGUGGGCAUAGAAUGAUAG